AAUAAUAAACAUUUGAUUUUCCACUUAAAUCGCCGGUAAACAUUGUUUUCCUUAUUGUAUAUUUUUUUUUUAAAAUAGUUGAAUAUACUAAAUCUUGCAACAUGGAUGAUCAGGCCUGUCCACGUUGUAAAACAACAAAGUAUCGCAAUCCAUCCUUAAAGUUGAUGGUAAAUGUAUGCGGGCAUACAUUAUGUGAAUCAUGUGUAGAUCUUCUAUUCUUAAAAGGUUCCGGCUCAUGUCCAGAAUGUAUGGUACCGCUAAGGCGUAAUAAUUUUCGCAUACAACUCUUUGAGGAUCCCAUGGUCGAAAAAGAAGUGGACAUACGAAAACGUAUUCUACGAGACUACAAUAAAAAAGAGGAGGAUUUCAAUUCGCUACAAGAAUACAAUGAUUAUUUAGAGGAAAUUGAGUCCAUCAUAUACAAUCUUUGCAACAACAUUGAUAUAAUUGGUACAAACAAACGCAUAGAACAAUAUAAAAAAGAAAAUCGUGAUAUAAUACAACGUAAUAAAACACGAAUGGGACGUGAGGAAUAUGAACUGGAAGAAAUGCUGGAAUUAGAAAAGGCUCAGGAGGAAGCCAGACGGCAAGAAUUGCUAGACCUUGAAGCAGAACAAAAGAAAAAGAAGGCACGUGAGAAGGAGGCUUUGAUCGAUGAAUUAAUGUGUAGUGGAAAGAAUGCUUCUGCUAUUGUUAGUGAAUUUGCAGAAAAAGUCGAAAAAUUACGUGAAGAAGAAAAACAGUUACCUCCACCAAAGCCAGCUUCACAAUUUUCAUCUGGUAUUAAAUUUGGCCGUUCUGCUGAUCAUCAAUUUUUGCCAGUUCCCAAAGUUGAAGAGGGUCCCUUAUAUGUACAUGAAACUCCACUACUCUAUAUGGAAGGUCCACCUUGUCCAGCUGUAUAUGAAAUUGAAAACAAAGGCUAUAUGUCUCAUGUUAGAGCAGAAACUUCCGUUGAACGAGCAGGUGGCUAUAGAGCGACAUAUGCUUGUCAACGAGCAUUGCUCGAAGCAAUGCAGGGAUUGUUUCAUGGUUCCAUUACAUACUAGAGUUUAAGUUUUCUAAAAACCGUCAUAUUUCGGUUUUAAAAUAUGAAAUUAAAUUUUGUGUUUUUCAACUUUUGAAUAAAGGAUGUUUUCUUUAAAUUGAA